ACUGAGAUGUUAUAACUAAAGGUCAUAAUAAUAGCAAUGUUUGUGGAACUGGCUUAGACUCCAAUACCUCUGACGCACACGUAAAUUCAAGAACUUUGCCUGUGGAAUCGGGUAAAAAAGAUCAACAUAAACAAAGUUAAAUAUCAACACUGAAGCGGUUCCCGCCUUUUAAUAACUAUACAUUCAAUAUAUUUUGCUUCAAGUUGUUCACUCGGACCUCGGUGCUUGUCGAAACUACAGAUCCUACAAGUUUAUAAAACUGAUUGUGGAUCUAGCCUUCAUCAUGGGAGAGGGCAUCAUAACUGAAUGUGAAAGUCCACCAUGGCCAAGAUGGGUUCUCGUUGCACUGACUCUAUUGGGAGUGUUUAAGGGUACCCCGAUACAGGCAAAUAGACGAUGCCUGCUUUGUCGUCAAAAACGUGAAGGCAUUGAGUGUAUAUUUGAAGGUGAAGACGAUACCCCCGAGUCAGAGAAAGACAUUGAUGCGCAUCACAAUCAGUCCGCAGAGGAUAGCGAAGCAGCUCAUGCAUCGAGACUAGACAGAAAAUGUGCCGUGUGCUUGAGUCUUCUAUGGAACGCCGAUGGGGCAGUAGUCAGUGAAUUUUCUAAUGCGGUUCCGAGGUAUCUGAACAGCCGUCUGUGCGGUAUCCUGUCGUCUCUGUGCAUAAUCCUAUGCCUUGGACUGUCUCUCGUCAUCAUGUUCCUCUACAUCUAUAACUUCUGGGGAAGUAGCGAGAAUCUGACACACUUUGUAUCCUUCAUGACGUAUGUUGUCGUUCUCGAUGGUAUCAGCCUGGUGUGUACGGUAUUUAACGCCAUGUCAUGGACACCAGUGAAAGAUGGUUCCUGGUGUGAGGUGUUUCAUUUGGACUACACAGCAAGGCGGUUGCGCUGCCUGGCUGGUCGCAGGUUCCCGCUACCUGAAGCUUUGUUUCUUUCCCUCAUCAUUGUGUGGGUUUUUGUCAACAACUCAAUGCAGGCAGUGAAUCUUGCCCAAUACCUGACAAAACCAGCCAACGCUACACCCAAAGUCAUCGUCGACAUGUCUCUGAAUGACCCAAUUCCUGGUGAUAUCUUCAGAUUUUUAAAAAACAUAAUGGAUUUCAUCAUUUCGCUGGUUGGGCUUCCGCUGUUCGCUUCAUUUUGGUUCUACAUCUUGGUCAUGCGGAGGGCCCUGGCUGCAGAGUUGAACCUAGUCCUGAUCUUUAUCAAACGCAACGAGGGGAACCUGGUUCAGUGCAGGCGACGCAUUGCCGAGAUUUACCGAGAAUUCGGUCUCCUUCGAGAGGUCCUCGCUGUCCUUGUGCCGUUCGUUAUGGCCUCAUCCGUGCUGGGACUCACCGUCCACAUCACAUGGAACUACGACGUCUACAGCAGCCCAAUGGAGAACAUCGCACGGGAGAAUUUACUCAUCAACAUCUUCAUCUUCAGUGAGAAGCUUAUGCUCCUCAUCAUUCCACUUCUCGCCGUUGGGAAUGUCAGCAUCGACUAUGUCUGGUCACAGUUUAUGUACGCCCUCUCGCGGCAGAGAAGUUUCGACAACGAAAAGUUCUGGGAUCAGCUGUUGAGUUAUGCUGUCGAGAUAAACACCGAAUGUAAAGGGCAUCACGUCAUGCUGUUUCUGGCCGUAAUUAGCUUGUACCUUGGUAGGAAUAUCACUGACCAGAAACUUGACUAUCGAGGCAUCGGCCGGGCACUGUAACUUUGUUUUGAUCUUGGAUCAGCACUAUUAUGGUCAGUAUGGUUUGAGAAUGCAUGACCAACAACGCAGAUGAUGGCUAGGAACUAAAAUGGUGAUGUCCAAGGGAAUUUCUUCUGCCGGAGAUUCGGUCCCCCACAUUUCAAAAGAGGGCGCUAGCAGAAGAAGUUUUAUCAAAAUUAUUUUACCACGGGUACAUAAUCUCCGGGGACAUAUACCUCAACCACAUCGUCCACGGCACCAUUUUGCUAUCAUAGAUCAGCAAUGGUUAGUAGUUUGAGGCACAAGUCACCAAUAACGCAUAUGUGUCGGCUAGAACUCAAAGGGUCACGGUAGUCCAAGGGAAUUCCGUCUGCCGGUGAUUCUGCCCCCCCCCCAUAAUUAUGGGAAAUUGACAUGGGGUGGAGGAGGAUGGUUCAAAAGAGGGCGAUAGCAGUAGUGGUUUGCACAUAGUUCGCCAUAUGGGGGAGGGGGGCCAGAAUCUCCUGCCACGGCGGUAACAACUGCACACUGAAUAAUGAGAUACGCAUACUUAUAUUAUGGAUACGUCAUGUGUAAAUAAAAUGACAACAAGUAGACAGUUAACACCUUAUAAACCCGAAGUGCAGCUUUACAACGUAUAAAAACUAAGUAGAUGGAAACUUGCUUCGUUGAUAAAGAAUAUAACUUUUAAUUACACAUACACCGAUGUGUGUGUUAAGCACUGUAUACUCAGUAUCUUCCCGAGCUCGGUGAAAACAAAUAACAUG